UGCCACGUCAGCAGUGUCCCGCCACCAUGACGGGCGCAACUCUGGGCAUGCUAGGCCAACUGGCCAACGAGUCUAUUGCCGACUACAAACAGCGGUUCCAAACUCUGCUCGCAUUGAUCGAGGCUGAGGAACAGCGCCAGCUGGCAGCUGAGGCUGCCCGCCUACAGGCUGAAGCAGCGGCAACAAUUGAGAAGCAGCGGCUACAGGCCGAAGCAGACGCAGAUACCCAGGCACACCGCAAGGAAGCCCAGGAUCUGCUGCAGCGGCAUGAAGCCGCCAGCAUCGAAAGACUCAGGUUCUGGCAUUUUCAACCGUCCAACGGCGACGACGCGACACCAGAGGAGCAGCACAGGGAGUUCCUCUCUAAACUCGUGACACAGUUGUUAUACGCUUGCAACUACCAACGGUCCGAGUUAGAGACACAAAACCAGGAACUGCAGCAACAGUACCAGGAUCUAAAGAAACAGCACCAGGAGUUGGCGAACCUCCGCGGGACAGUGCAGAGCCACGAGGAUGCUACACGGGCACUCUAUUCCCGUGUACUGGACCUGGAGCAAGCUGCACCAGGACCAGAUGCUGGCGAGUCCAGCAGUGCCCCCUCUACCUGCCAACUGGAGGAACGCAUCGACCACAUUGUCGCAAUGCUCGGCGACUCGGCGACAUCAGCACCUUCGCUGAGCCGACCACCAUCAGCAAUCAGCUGGAUACCUUGAAGACCGAGGUCCAGCAACUGCAGCUGCCUAACAAGAAUGGCAACAACACACAACAUUACAAGAUGCCAACUUCUCA